ACGUCGAACGCUGCUUAGUGGUGCUUAUGUCAUGCGCGGACUACAUGAUGGAUGCGGGACAGGAACUCCACCGUCAACACCACCUCUGCAAGAUGAGCACCACAGACUCAAAGCUAAAGGCUGCAAUUCUCAUCGUGUCGGAGACUGCGUCGCGCGAUCCUUCGACCGACAAAUGUAUACCAAUUCUCAAAGACGUUUUCGAUUCCGGCAAUGAUCAAUGGCAUGUCUCAGAGACCGAAAUCGUGCCGGAUAGCGUACUGGCAAUCCAGAAGACCAUUAGAAGAUGGACCGACGGUUCUGACCCGAUCAAUCUAAUUAUCAGCAGCGGUGGGACUGGGUUCGCUACGAAAGAUGUUACUCCGGAAGCGAUAUCACCAUUGAUAGAUAGACAUGCGCCUGGACUUGUCCAUGGGAUGCUUACAACUUCCUAUGCAGUCACACCUUUUGCCUUGAUGGCUAGGCCGGUGGCAGGAACUCGAAAACAAUCCAUUAUUAUUACUUUACCGGGAUCACCAAAGGGCGCCAAAGAGAAUCUCGAGGCUGUCAUCAAGCUAUUACCGCAUGCGUGCAUUCAGGCGGCAGGUGCAGAUUCAAGACCGCUUCAUGAAGGCGGCGUAAAGAAGCUCGAGAAGGAUGCAGGCAUUUCUGGUAUUUCACCACCAGUGGCAAGCGGUUGCCACCACCAUCACGGCCAUGGUCAUGGUCACUCUCACGGCCAUGGAGGCCACGCUGCAGUGCAGCCGCACACAAAGCCGGAAGACAGACCUCAGUCGAACGAUCCUAAUGCUGGACCAUCUCGCAGAUAUCGAUCAUCUCCUUACCCUAUGCUUGCAGUCGAGGAUGCGUUGAAGUUGAUUGCAGAACAUACGCCACCCCCGAUCGUCGAGAAAGUACCCGUCAACAUGAGCUUGGGCGGCUCCGUGCUUGCUGAGAAUGUCAAAGCUGCGGAGUCGGUCCCCGCUUUCCGAGCUAGCAUCGUCGAUGGCUAUGCCGUGAAGAUACCUUCAUCUGGAAAAUUCGAGAAGGGCGUCUACCCAGUUGCGAUUGUUUCUCACGCUCAAGCAGGUGAUGUGAAGGAGCUGAAAGAGGGAGAAAUAGCGCGCAUCACUACGGGAGCUCCUCUCCCACCUGGUGCCGACGCAGUUGUCAUGGUUGAAGACACGGUACUGACGAGCCAGACAGAUGAUGGUAAUGAAGAGAAGGAGGUGGAGAUCUUGACCGACGAGAUAAAAGCUGGUGAGAAUGUGCGUGAGGUCGGAAGCGAUGUGAAAGAAGGAGAUACCAUAUUGAAAAAGGGCGAAGGCGUUACAGUUGUCGGAGGGGAGUUUGGUCUUCUUGCAUCAGUGGGCGCGAAAGAAGUCUCCGUCUACAAAAGACCCAUUGUCGGUGUUUUGAGCACUGGAGAUGAGAUCAUCCCACACGACCGAGAAGGACCACUACGUCUAGGAGAAGUGAGAGACACGAACCGCCCUACUCUCAUCACGGCAGCAAGAAGCCACCACUUCGACGUUGUUGAUCUUGGUAUUGUAUCAGACAAACCGGGUUCCCUUGAGCAAACCCUUCGCGGGGCCCUUCUCAAGUGCGACAUAAUCAUAACCUCGGGCGGCGUCUCCAUGGGCGAACUUGAUUUGCUCAAGCCUACUAUUGAGCGCUCCCUAGGUGGCACGAUCCAUUUUGGUCGUGUGAACAUGAAGCCCGGCAAACCCACAACCUUCGCCACGGUCCCUACCAAAGCUCCCGACGGCACGCGCAUCUCUAAAGCCAUCUUCUCUUUACCCGGCAACCCUGCUUCGGCUGUGGUGUGUUUCCACCUUUUCGUCUUACCUGCGCUACACCAACAGGCUGGUAUCAUGCCUGUGGGCCUGCCGAAGGUGAGUGUGCUGCUUGAAGAGGACAUCAGAAUGGAUAGAGGCAGGCCAGAGUACCAUCGUGCACUUAUAAAUGUGCGAGAUGGAGCUAUGUAUGCUAGUUCGACAGGUGGGCAGAGGAGUAGCAGGAUCGGGAGCUUCAGGGGUGCGAAUGCGCUCUUGGCUAUGCCGAUGGGUGAAGGGAGCUUGAAGAAAGGCGAGAGGGUGGAUGCACUAUUGAUGGGCAAAUUGGGCUAAGCUCAGAGCAUGCCUUCCUGUCAAAAAGUAGAUCAUGACGUGUCGAUACCAACA